AUGCCGUCUUUUACUACCCCGCUCUUUCCAUCAAGUUCUUCAAGCAACCCGAGUUUUAUAAGCGAGAUGACUCUUUUGUCCCCCAAGGCUAUAGACUUUCUCCUCCCUCCAGGUUCCUGGGAAAAUGUUUCUGAGGGCUGCCUCUGCCAGCAUUUCUGGAACCUUGCACUGAAGCAGCAGCCAGGUAGGGGACCCAUUUCUCUGAGGCCUUUUCCCACACACCGUCAUAUCCCUAACAAUAAUUCAGAGCCCAGUACCUUGGACUCCCAGUCUUCGACAACCUUGUUCCUCUCCUCGGAGGAGCCAGGCCCCUCCACUGCCGCCCUGCCAUCUCCCUCCUCCUCUUCCUGUGAGCCCCAGGCCUUUUCCCCAGGUCCGCCAGUGCUGCCCCUGCUGUUGCCUCCGCUCCCCGCAGCCUCGGCGCCCCCAGGCCCCGGCGCCUCCCGGCGCACAGGCCGCUACUCGGUCGUCGCCUCCUCUCCGGAGGCCGCCCCGCGUCUGGUCGACUGGCUCCCCGGUUGCCCUUCGACCACCUCUCCCAGCACACGCGGGGAUGACAAGGAGCGGCCGCCGCCAGUCCUGGCACCGGCCGAGGGCCCGGAAAGGAGCCGCGCCCCCCGCCCCAGCACCGCGGGCAGGGAGGAGGGCACCGUGGACGCGGGUACAUCCCCGCCGCCCCGAGCCCGGCCCGCCGCUGCGGCGAGCUUGGAUGCCCACGUCGGGGACAUCCUGGUGGAGCUGCGGACCAUGAACGGCCACCUGGACAUCAUAGCGCGGGCCCUCACCAAACUGGCUUCGUCCCUGGGGCCCCAGCCUGAGCCGCUGCCAGAUGCUCCGGAUGCCAACUAAUGGAGCUCGGCGAGGCUGGGCUGCCCCGGGGCCAAGGGAUCGCUUGCACCAGGCAUCCCUGCCUGUCCUUCCCCAGCAGCGAAGAGCGCCCGGCGGAGGAGCGGUUGCUCUGCGCAGCUGCCUGGCGGAACGCACGGCCCUAGCGUUUCAACGUGAAACAGACCCGGUUGCGCCUCGCACCCUCUUCCUCCGCUCUCUCGGCUCUCUCACGGCGGCCCCUGCCCCGGCUUCCUGGCCCUUCACAUGCCCUUCUCUUGUCUUGAGCUCCUAGCAGAAAAAGUGCCUGGAGACGGCGGUGGCGUCCUGCGAAGGAUGCUUAGAGAAACACUGUUUCACAUCCCAUUCCUGCCACUUCCGCGUGGUGUGGAGGGAGAGGAGCUCAAAGCAUGUCACCAAAGCAGCAGCGAGGCCAGCUUCAGCGUUGGUGGGGCAUCCAUCUCUGGUGACGUUCACAAGUUUGUUUGUUUUUAAAAUCGUUUUUGGAAAAAUAUUUUUUUUUUCUCAUAAACACAUUUCAAGAAGUUUGGAAAAUAGAGAAAUGAAACAAAAUCUGGUGUAUUUGGGGAAAAGGGGGGUAUUUAAGUCUUUCUUAUGAGUAAGAAAGUAUUUUGUGUAAUAAAAACAAUUUUAUAUUCAUUUUCUGGACGUUGGGCUCUCCCUACCACAUUUCUUCCUUUGCACGGCCCCUUUCUCUCUGUGCUUAGUUGCUUGGCCCAGCCCUCCUAUAGUCCUUGAGUUGUUGAACUUUUCUCAUACUUGUGAAGUAUAAGCUUCUUUUUAAAUUUAAUAUACUUUAUUUUUUGUUAAGAGACAGUCUUACUCUGUCACCCAGGCUGGAGUGCAGAGGCGCGAUCUCAGGUCACUGCAGCCUCUACCUCGCAGGCUCAAGUGAUCCUCCCACCACAGCCUCCUGAGUAGCUGGGACUACAAGCAUGAGCCACUGCACCUGACAAGAAUAAGCUUUUAAUGGUUCUUCUGAUUCUUUCCAUAACUCCCAGAUCUCCAUAAAUUUGAUAGACCCACUCCUCUCAUUUGGACUGAGUGGAAACCAAGUUCCAGAGUGACUGGGCAAUAAAUAUGGAGGAAACAGCAUCCCCAGCCUCUACUCACUGCCAGAAUGACCAGCUUCCCCAGUUGAGACAACCAAAAAAUGUUUCCAGACAUCGCCACUGUGCCCUGGUUGAGAUCCACUAACCUAUGUAGAAUUUCAAAAAUUUGGGAUGACCCACACUCUCCAGAAUCUGGCUUCCCUUGGUGAAGCAGGGCUCUUCUCUUCCUAUUAGAAUUUUAAUAAAGUGUGCUUCUUUGCUAGAAGCAAACAUGCUAUGCUGCUCUUUCUUCAGAAACAAAUGAAAAGAUUCGUGCACGGUGGCUCACGCCUGUAAUCCCAGCACUUUGGGAGGCUGAGGCAGGUGGAUCACUUGAGGUCAGGAGUUCGAGGCCAGCCUGACCAACAUGGUGAAACUCUGUCUCUACUAAAAAUACAAAAUUAGCUGGGCAUGGUGGCACAUGCCUCUAAUCCCAGCUACUCAGGAGGCUGGAGCAGGAGACUGGCUUGAACCCAGGAGUCGGAGGUCACAGUGAGCCGAGAUUGUGCAUUGCACUCCAGCCUGGGCAACAAGAGCAAAACUCUGUCUCAAAAAAAAAAAAAAAAAAAAAAAAAGAAACAAGCAAACGAAAGGUCUGAGACCACAUUGCACAAAAUAAGACCCUGUCUGGGAGCACUUGUAGGGCUCACAGCUGGUGUUCUGCCGCUGGUAGAGUUUGUGCACCUCUAGUGCCUCACAGACUUUGAUAAGCAGGAACUACGUGGAGAGCUAGUGAAAAUGCAGAUUCUGAUUCAGAAGCUCUGGAGUGGGGCCUGAGACUCAGCAUUUCUAGACAGCUCCGGGGAGAUGCGGAUGCUACUGAUCCAAGACAUACUGUGAGUAGCAAGAAAGUAAUGAGGGGUUUUCUGCUCUGGAAUUCCUGCUUAUUUGAGUUGCCACUGUUCCCCAGGAACUUCUGCUUGUCUUUGUACCCCACAGUGCCUAGAUUCCUCAACUCUAACCAAAGCUUUGGUUUUUUCUUUUUUUUUUUUUUUGGCAGAGUGUGUUAGCUCUGGCCUCCUACUUCUAAAAAUGUUCCAGUGAAGUUCAAUCUAAUUCAACAAACAUUUACUGAGUGCUACAAUGCUGGUGCCUCGGGGGACACAAGAUGAAUAGGAUAAGGAGGAGAAUUGAUGGCCCAAAGUGACUGUCCUGCCCUGUGAUCUGCCCUUUAGCUGAAGAAACAGCAAAACCAGCAUCAACUGCAGCAACUGGGAGCAUCAAGUUUUUAUUCAUUUGUUGAUUUGAACAGUAUUUCAUUCUGAUUUUAACUGACUUCUUUUGCAUUACAUUAAAAACAACAACAAAAGACUGAAAUCUUUCAAGAACAAAGAGGAGCUGGCCUAUAAAUCCUAAAUACAGAUGUAGUGAUUGAACCCAUCUAGGUAGCUUAUGAAUAUAAAACUCACCCAAAGUUUCCUCCACACUUGAGAGAUAACCACCGUUAAUAUUUUGGCAACUACUCUUUGAAGCAUUUGUGCCUAAAUACAAAUACCUAUGCGUGUGCAAUUUUACUUAACUAUGGUCACAGUAGGCCUGCUGUUCUGUAACCUGUUUUUUUUUUUAAUCUUGAUAAUAGGUGAUAGAAAUCUUUCAUUUAAACAGCAAUGUUAUAUAUGAAGCAAAAUUUGCUUAACCA